GCUCUCUUUUUCUUCUCCCCUAAAAUUUCUUCUUCUCCUAAAACCAUACCUAAACUAAGCAAAUUGCCUCGAAUCUUUUGUCGAGCAAGUCACCUCAGAUAUCCUACCGAGCAAAUGACCUUGGAUCUCCUCUCAAAAUUGCCUCUCAAAUCCUUAGAUCUCCUUCCCAUUCGCAAAAAAUCAAACCGAUUUCUUCCUUUUCGUUCUAUUCUCUCAAUUCUAAUCAAUUUGAAUUUCUUCUUUGUUUAUUUAUGUUAUCUCCCCUCAGUUUUCAAUUUCUUCUCCUUUAGCAUUCUCUCUUCUCUUCUCUUUGAUUGUAGUACUGGAUGCGCUCAUGCAUAUUCUUUUUGCUGUUGAAGAAACUCAGACAGAGAAUGGAAUCUUUAACGGUCCCGAGAAAAUUGCACUCAUAGCAUGUAUGAACAAGGUGCUUGGUUUCUCUGGUCAAUGAGUGGCAAAACGGUGGUUUACCCUUCCUCUAGUGGGACAUGUACACUAAAGGUGGAAAAGGGUCUCAACAACAUCAAUUUGAGUAUAAGUUAAUCUGUCUACUUUUGGUACUUUUGGACAAGGGGCAUAUAGAAAUUGAAUGAAAGACUCAUUAGUAUUUUUGGAUAUAGCUAGCAUUAACCUUUGUGUAUGUAAACAUUUGACUUUCGAUAAUUUAAUAGAAAAUUAUAUAUGGU